AUGAAGCCGUGGCUGUCGGGGCAUCUCCACGCACAGAAGCGUAUUCGCUCCAACGCCGAAGAACAGUGCCACGACGAUGAAGGUUCCCAAGCGCUGGAGCUGGAGCAUGUCGAGACUCCCUUCUACACACCGGUUUAUUCGCGAAAGUAUGUGUGGACCUGUGUUCUCUCCGCGUCAAUUGGAGGUAUCCUGUUCGGAUACGACACCGGUGUUAUCUCGAGUGCUUUGGUGUUAUUCCGGACUGAUCUGGGACAUGCUCUCCAUAAUUCUGAAAAGCAGCUUUUGACGAGUCUCACUGGGGGAGGUGCUUUUGUGGGUGCACUGUUGGCAGCUUUGGUGACCGAUGCGGUCGGACGAAAGAUGGUGAUCGGGAUCGGCUGCAUUUGGUUCACCGUUGGCUCGGUAGUUGCCGCGUCAGCAUAUUCGGUUCUUCUGAUGGGUAUUGCUCGGUUCAUCAUUGGAGUUGGGAUCGGCUUUGAGACUAUGGUCACACCUAUCUACAUCGCAGAACUUUCGCCAUCUUCGCUCCGAGGUCGCAUGAUUACCGUCUACUCCAUGGCCGUCACUGGAGGGCAGGCUUUGGCAUACGCAGGUGGCACUGCAUUCAGUCAUGUUGAGCUAGGAUGGCGAUACCUUUUCGCGCUCGGAGCACUCCCAGCAUUGGCACAGGUUGCGCUGUUUCCGGUGUACCCAGAGACACCCCGGCAUCUCAUAUAUCGCGGUCGCAUUGAGGACUCAGUGGUGGUUUUGCAGCAACUCUAUCCUCAGAGCCCACCGUCAGAUAUUCAGAGAAUAGGCCAGAUCAUUCGUGAUGAUAUCAGUUGUUCUGUUUCCUUUGAUCAAGGGGCUCGCCGGCUGCUCUGGUCGUGGAAGCAGCUUUGGUUGAUCCCUUCUAACCUUCGAUCCUUGAUAUCUGCCUGCGGAUUGAUGGCAGUGCAACAGCUCUGUGGGUUCAACUCUUUGAUGUAUUAUUCUGCGACACUCUUUGCAGCUGUCGGCCUCACCAAUCCUACCGCCGCUAGCCUCAUCGUCUCCGGAACGAAUUUCUUCUUCACCAUUGUUGCCCUUUUCUUCGUCGACCUUGGCCGCCGUCGAAUGCUCGUAUGGACGAUAUGGGGGCUUCCGAUUUCCCUAGCCAUGGCCGCUGUGGCAUUCUCACAUAUCCCAUUGAACGCGGAUUUGGAACUGGAAGGCGAGGCACCAUCAUGGGCCAAGGCUCUCGCUCUUGCCUCUUUAUCCAUCUUUGUGUCGUUCUACGCUAUAGCGCUGGGAAAUAUUCCCUGGACAGCGAAUGAGCUUCUCGCUCUAGAGGUUCGCGCAGUUGGUACCUCUUUGCUAACAAUGGUUUGCUGUACGUUGCCGAGGGGCUGCAAUAUCAUCGUAUCCGCGACCUUUCUCUCUCUAGUAGGCAGCUUGACUGCUGCAGGAGCAUUUGGACUAUAUGCUGGACUAUGCUUUGCGGGUUGGCUGCUUGUUAUAUUCACUUAUCCAGAAACUGCGGGACUAGGGCUAGAAAGUAUCCGAGAAGUUUUCAAAGACGGGUUUGGAAUCCGCUUUGCGAACCAGACGCAGCCCACAAGGCGGCACGGGUCCCAUAGUCGAAUGUGA